GUAGCGCUCCGGGUCAGGGUGACGUUUUGUCAGAUCCGUAGACAAACCUUGGCCUGUAGCAACCUCGGCCCGGGGGCUGACAAGCCGUCAAGAAAACAAAAGGCCAAUGUUUCAGCAACACCCCCUGUCUGGUUUCGCUGCCUCCUUUCCCCACGCUGCCUACUCGUACCUGCUUGGAAGAUUUCGGGGAAAAGAUCCCGAGUUGACGUACGGGGCGAUAGCAGGGACAGGACAGGUCGAAGCGUUUUGCGAAGUGGAUUCUCUCGUUAUUUUCUUUUUGUUUUUGUGGUGCGGCCCCCGGGGGAAGGGAACGCUUUCCCUCCAUGGUUGACCGCUCUCGGUGCGUGUGUGCGUGGUGCGGGUUUUGCCAAACAGUCGUUCGUUCACAGCAGAGUGGUGAAUCCAUUCUAAAGCCCUUCCCUGCACAACAGGGGCAACGUUUUCCCUCCUUGUGUGUGUGUUAGUGAGUUGAAGAACUAUCUAAAGGAGUGGGGCAACGCGGAAAGCAUGCCGACCUGGCGUCGGCGCCUGUAACAACAGCACACACAGCAACACACAUACACACAGUCAGUGCCGCGGUUUCGGCCGCUCCUGCCUCCAGCCUGAUGAACCGCCACGGGAACACGCCCGGGCGACCGGUCGAUCCGGGCCAUCUGUACGCUGCGCUGAUGUCGGACGGGGGCCAGCUGCCGGGCGCGUUCGUGCCGGGCGGCAACGCGUUCUCGCUCGCCCACUACCAGAACAUGCCGAACGAUCAGGUCGACUGGGCCGCGCUCGCUCAGCAGUGGAUCAAGAUGCGCGAAACCUGGAUCCAGCCAAUGCCCAGCCUGAUACCGUCGCCGCCCCCGCCGCCCUCCUUCGACCGGGACGAUGGGGACGGUGGGCCGGCGGUGCAGGCCGGUCGAAUGGAACCGCUCCAUCAACACCAUCAACACCAUCAACAGCAGCCGCAGCAGCAGCAGCACCACCUCCAGCGCCACCCACAGCCGCUGGACCAGUACGAGGAACAGGGCGAAGCGCCGAUGGAGGUUGAGCGGGAGGACGACGGGGAUAUGCCGCUACCCCCACAACCGCCCACGAUUUCCGCCGGCGGCUGGCCCACGACCGACGGGCCGCCGGGCUGGCGAGCGGGCUGGCCGUCGGCGGCGGGCGGUCCCACCCCCACCCACAACAGUGGCAGUGGGCCGCACCACCACCUGGCCGGGGGCGAGAAGGCUGGCGUGGGUCUGGUGCCGCCGCCGCCGCACCCGACCGUGCAGCCGCCGCUCGUGAACGAAUCGGCCUCGGCUGCCGUCGCCCUGUGGCAGGCCAAAAACAGUCACCUCUUCCAGAUGGGCCAGCCGAAGGAGGAGGCGGUCGCCGGCCGGCCGCCGAUGAUGGGCGCGGCCGGUGCACCGCCGCCGGCCGCCCGCCGUGGCUUUAGCUCCUCCCAGCCCGCCAAACCGGCCCGGCCGCUGCCGGGCUUGAUGGAUCGCGAAAUCAAGAUGGGCCACGCCGGUGCUGCGUCCACGUCCUCCUCCUCCACGGCAAACGAUGGGGCGCGGCACGAGGCGAAGGAUGGGUUCGGCGGGGCGGCCUCGAUCAAUGAGGAAAAGCGCAUGAUGCUGCCCGCCUGGAUCCGGGAGGGGCUGGAAAAGAUGGAGCGGGAAAAGCAGCAGAAGCUGAAGCGCGAACAGGAGCGGCGGCUGUGGGCGGAGAAGGUGGAAAGCGAGCAGAGUCGCUUCUCGCUGUCGCCGCCGCCGGAGGAACCAAGCGCAGCGCUGAACAUGGAGCAGCAUCAGCAGCAACAGCAGCAGAAUCAGCAGCAGCAGCAGCAGCAGUAUCAGCAACCACUGCUACAACAGCAACAGCCUGAGCCUGAAGAGGCCCCACCGAAGCGCCGGGAAACGGUGGAGCUAAAGGAGGAGGAUGUGGAGAAAAUGACGAAAAAGAUUUUGACUGAGAUUUUUAUGGACACGACCAACGAGGUGCUAACGGCCAUCGCCAAGGAGGAGCUCGGCAAGGUGCAGAAGCGCAAAGCCAAGCAGGCCGUUACCGUCACCACCAACGUUGGGCUCGCAACCGCAGCCGGUGGAUUAGGUUUGGGUAUUUAUUGUGAUAGCGAUGAGGAGGAGGAAGAGGAGGAGGAAGAGGCCGAGACGGGUGAUGGCCGAAGCAAAAAGUCUACCGGUGCGGACAAUGUCUCGGACAAUGGCAGCGAUCACCACUCCUCCGACGAUGAUGCGUCCGAUUCGGAAGCAAUGCGACGAAUGAUGGAAAAAAUACGCAUCCGGCAGCAGGACUUUAAGGCCACGGCGGCACUGAUCGAGAAGUGGCUUGAGGAUGUGUGCGAGUAUUCGCCGGCCACGGCCGAAUUGCAACGCGCGGCUGCUGCCGGCGGCUCGGAGGAGGACGGCUCGGAGGAUGGCGACCAAAGGGAUGGGGACGGAACGGCGGACGGGUUGGAUUCCGAUCCGGACCGAGAGUCAGCCCGUACGGUGGGCAACAAUGGGUACGGCAACUUUGGAAAGCCGCUGUUUGGUGCCAAGCACGGAGAGGAGCAGCAGCAGCAGCCACCAAGCGGCAGCCGAGUGCAGGAAAGUGUGGCACGCAAGCGACGCGACAAGCGUGUAUCGCGGUUCAGUGACCCGCGGGACACGGUGCGCACGACGCACAUUACGCACGUGUCGAUCCUGUCCGCCGCAGCCGCCGCUAGCCUGCCGCCCGCCAAGGCAGAGGAACCGGCGGGUGGCGGGAGCGUUAUGCCCACCCCGACCGCCACCACCACCAUCGCGAUCCCCGCCGCCGCUGCCGCCGCGUCCGUGCGGCCCCCCAAGACGACCACUGCGCCCCGGCUGACGGCCGCCCAGCGCUCCGUCAAUCCCUACUUUAACGUGCCGACUUACCAAACGAUAUACAGCAUCAGCGGCGGGUCUGCGCAGGCCAAGGGCAAAGCGGACCAGCCAGACCAGCUGGCCAACAACACCUCCUGCACCACCAACACCACCAAAGAGGGCGACGGGCGGUCCAGCGGACACCACCAGGAGCGGAAGAAAUCGCCGGCGGACGAGCGGGACGGCUACCACCAUCGGAAGCGGCACCGCCGGGAUCGGUCCCACACCCGGUCGUCGCACAGUUCGCGCACGAGCUACGCGUCCGGCCGGUCGGGGUCGGCCGACUCGCGCACCUCCCGAUCGCCGUCGCCGGCCGAUGGCCGCCAGCAGCGGAGCCGUCGGUCCCGGUCCGGCACGCGACAUUCGUCCUCGUCGCGCCGCUGGCACCGGUACGAUCGGGACCGGUCGUCCUCCCGGGGCCGUUCGCGGUCGCCUGGCACGCGGCACCGGCGCCGCAAGCGCAGCAAGCGCUCCCGGUCCCGCUCCCGGUCCCGCUCUCGCUCCUCGUCCAAAUAUUCUUCCCGUCGACGGUUCUAGACACCGUUUGUGUGUUCCGCACGUGUGGCAGUUUUGUCUCUGUUUGGUUUUCGGAAGGGCGGAGGCUUCACUUUCACGUGCCCUGGCCUUGCCCUUCCCUUGCGAAUUCCCAACCCCGUAUGAAACAGGGAGACAAGAACGGUUUGCGGUGCGGUGUCAGAAAUCCUUGUGUGAUAAAUUAGGGAAACGUAUGUAUAAACACACACACACAUGCAGACCUUUUCAAACACACA